ACAGUAUGUAGAACAAAGUUCCUUCUUUUUUAAGCCCCACCGUACUCACAAAAAACAAACCAACAAACCAGGGAGAGUGAAGAUGAAGAUGAUGAAAGGAGAGGUGGUUCUCAGCAUGCCAGCCGAGAAAGCCUGGGAAAUGUACAGAAACGAUGAAAUCAUCAGCAAAGUUAACCCUGAUUUGCUUUCCAGGGCUCACUAUAUUCAAGGAGACGGCGGCCCCGGCAGCUUGAGGCUCUUCAAACUUGGCCCUGCCGUAAGCAAUUACGUGAAAGAAUCAGUGGAGAAGAUAGAGAAGAUGGUGAGCGGUAGGUCGGUUACAUACGAGGUGAUCGGAGGGGAAUUGAAGGAGAUGUAUGAUCCUUACAGAGUUACUUUCUCCUUCAUUCCUAUUGAAGGAGACAAUACCAAAUGCAUUGCUGAAUGGAAGGCCGAGUUUGAGCAGUCAGCACCGACCACGCCUCCGCCGGAUAAAGCCAAAGAUGCCGCUCCCCGAUUCCUCAAGUCCUUUGACAACUUUCAGCUAAGCUACUAGUUAGCAGAUGAUAACAUGUUCCAUGCAUGCACGUCCCAUCGAUGUCUAUAUAUGACAUUUUACUUUAAUUUUACUGUUAUUUUCAGUUUGAAACUGUAUCAUCUAUGAUAUAAAUAAAAGCACGCCUCUCGUUGUCCGU